CCUGUAAGCAUUGUAAAAAGGAGGAAUACACAAACUACUAAAACUGUGGGCAGGUGACCACACAGAAACUCUGCUGUUCAAAACCCGGGAGGAAAAAGGAGAAUGCUGUCAGGCAACCAGUACUCAGUGGUAUUUAUGAUUAAAAAUAAGGGCGUGUUGAUAGGCGGAUCUAAUGUUUCUUUAAAAAGGCAAUGACCAAACGUAAGCUACAAUGUGGUAUCAGUGAGGUGGGGACAUAGACAGCACAAUUUAUCCCUAAAUUUGUUAUUUAUGUUGGUGUUACAACGGGUGAACGCUUCCGAUCAGCUAAAUAGGCUGCAUGCGCAUUGCACAUUAAUAAUAAAAAAUACCGCUAGUGUGAUUGCAUUAAGUGCAGACCACGGCUUUAACUUUUAAUGAUUUAAUGAGAUUAUGCACCUGAUAAAAUACUCAGGUUAAAUUAACCUAGUCAUCCAAAAAAAAAAAAAACAAAAAAAAAAACACGAUGAAUAUAACUGGCAAUUAUUGAGACUGAGCGCGGCAAACGGUGGACUACAAAAGACAAAACCGAAAGCUACACAACAGAAGCGAACUUAGGUCUAUGCUAGUAGCAGGAGCAGCUACUUGGCGCCGAGGAAACGCUUCAGGAACAAACGUUGCUAAAAUAGGACAUAUUUCAAUUUGUAAUGAAACGUUAGCUAGAUACCUAUCCUGAUAUCUUACUAAACAGACACGUGCACAACCUUUGUAGGAGCGUUAACGCAUGCUGUUGCCACCUCUGCCAACUGACCAUAUGUUGGUGCAUCUUUGUGGUUGCCUGCAAGUCCUGGAAUGAAAACUUAUAAAAUUUUUGAGUCUUACACUUCAAAUUGAAGGAACUGAUUGUGUGAAAGCAAACUUUCCACUAAGUGGAUGCCUUUUGAAAUUUACCUUGUUUAGACAUUUGCUGAGCUACUGGUACCUUAAUGACACAAAACUAAUGGCUGAUGUCUAAUCUUGAUUAAUUGAUCAUAUUAUCAAAAUACAGAUCUGUAAUCAAUAAUUUGGCUGCUCCCGUUCUCUUAACAUUGGCCACUUGGCCCUAAAUGUCACCUCACUGACAGUUUUAGUGGAUAGUAGUCGAGCAAACAACAGAAGGGAAGUACACUGGGGAAGAGAAUGGCUUUGGAGAUUCAUAUAGUGGUGCAAAACACCCUGAGCUGGCUGAAAUCUUCCUGGCACAUCCACGUGCCAUUUGCCUGGCUGGAAGCUUGUGUGCAGUGGAUACAGGAAGAGGCGCAAGGAACAGGUCUUCUGGCACAGCAGCAGAUUAACCAACAGGUGUUGGACCAGUGGCUGUUGACAGACCUGAGGGAUUUGGACUACCCUGUUCUUCCUGGUGGUCUUGUUCAGGCCCAGAAGACGGAACUAAAUGGCACCUUCUGUCUUCAGGUUGACUCUUUACUGGACGUCAGUCAGCCGGCCUACAGUCAGCUGCAGAAAUGGAGGGGAACAGAUUGCACCAAUGAAGAGGUGUCUGCUGUUACGCAAAUCACCCAGAAACCCUGGGAAGCCAAACCAUCACGAAUGUUACUACUGCAGAUAACAGAUGGAGUCCAGAGUUUAGAAGCUAUGGAGUACCAACCGAUUCCUGCACUCAAUGCAGACCUAAGGCCUGGUAUGAAGGUGCAGUUGCAAGGGCGGAUAGUCUGCAGACUUGGAAUGCUGCUGUUAGGGCCGUCUAACAUCAAAAUCCUUGGUGGUGAGGUGGAUGACUUGGUUGACCGAAAUAAUCAGGGCAGAAUGCUGUGUCGAACCCUGGGAGUCCCUGAACCACAACAACAUCAGGGGGCGGAGCCUCUUCUAGAACCACAGCAAGGUGACCAGGCAGUAGAGGACUUGGACCUGGAUGACCAGGAGUUAUUGGCUAGUUUAGAGGCCCAGGAGGAAGUAGAAAGAGCUCAGGUUGAACCUGUUCAGGAAAGUGGCUCUGACACUCUAAGUGAUGCCUUAACUCAGUCCUCAAGAAACUCCUUUGUGAGGAGCCAUAACUCUGUUGCCUCAUCCAGAAAUGAAGCUUCCACACAGUCUUUCAGAAGCUCUUUAACCCACACCAACAGAGGUGCUUCAGUCCCUGGUGAUCACCAAAGCAAUGAAGAGGACUCUGACCUCCUUCACCAAGAAAUCAUAGAUGAUAACUUGCAUGAUGAAGAUUUUCCUGAAGAAGAUUUUAAUGAUCUGCCAUUGGAAGAAUUAGAUGGAGUCAUUUUUAAUGAAAGUAGAAGUGCAAGUACACAGUCUGACAGAAGUCAUGGAAGUAUUCUACGGUCUAACAACACAAUGGCAAAUCCAAACUCUUUUAACAGAGCAAAAGCCCCCCAGACUGCUGAGUCUCAUAGUGAUCCACAUCAGUGCACUUUUAAUGAUAGGUCACAGCUUGGCUCUGGAUUCUCACUACGCAGCAUUCAAAAAAUAGAAAGUCCAACCUGGAAUGCAGCAGCGACAGGACAGUUAGCUGCAGUCUUGUGCAAAUCUUCGAGUUCAGCUUCACUGUCCUCACAUAAAGGUGGUGACUUCUUAAUGAAUGACAUGAGAGAUCAUAUGGAUGAAGACAUGGAAACUUGUUUUCUCGAAGAGAUGGGAAGUUGUGGAGUGCAAACUGAAGAAUUAUCCCAACCUUUGAGGGCUGGAAGGCUAAACCAAUUUCUUCAUCUGCAAGGACCUUGUUUGGAGACAUCAAAUCAGAGAGCUCUAGGUGCUAGUCAUUCAGGGUUUGAAAGCUCACACACCCUGUCUGUGGGGCAGUGUUGCUCCACAGAACUAGAUAGACCAUCAGCUAAAAAAGCCUUGCAGCGUGACCGCACUGUCUCCUCUGUCACACUGACCUCUCCUCCAUUCACUUACUUAUGUCUGCUUCAAGAGCUGGUCCCUAGGCAACACCCCCACACUGUUAAUAUCUGUGUCAAAGCAUUCAUUGUUACUCUCUUGGGGAAACUGAGCAGUAAUAAUGGUGCGUGGCGAGUGUGUGCUACCAUAUCCGACGGAACUGGCUACUUGGAUGUUGAGUUGUCGGAUGAGGUUUUGACCGGCCUCCUGGGGUUCUCCGUGGCAGAGAAAGCGGUUCUGAAGCAUGAUCCAUUCCAGAGAGGCAAGCUGGAUGCUGGAAUGAGGAGAUGUCAAGAAGAACUUGUGGACAUGAGCUGUGUUAUGAUUAUAGAGGUGAAAACAGAAGGGAGGUCUGUGGUGAAUAAGGUGGUCCCUGUCAGUGAGAAAGUACUCUGGGAGCUGGAACAAAGGGUUAAUAAAAGAGCAAAAUAAACAGCAAAGGUUGAAGACCAGGAGAUAAUAAGAAAUAUUUUCCUUAAGCAUUUGAAAAAAUACAAAGCAUCAUUAAAAGGACCUGAAGGAUUUUCCCACAUUUAAUGAGGUGAAAGUGUUCUUGAGCUUGAUGAUCAAAGUGCCCUUCUGUUUCAUUUUUGUAGAGCAGAGCUGCAUGUCUCUUAGUCAGUGCGCGGGGUGUUGCAAUGCGCCCCAUCUGCUGUAUGUGAAUGAGACAUUCUGCCAUUUGUCAGAUGAUUUCAUUCAUCUCUUCUUUUUCUGUUUAACUGUCAUUCCCAAGCAAAGUCAC